AGAUAUUUUGAUGAAAUGAUGAAGCGAGGGAUUUCACCCGACAUAGUAACCUUCAGUAUAUUAAUAGAUGCACAUUGUAAAGAUGGGAUGACAGAAGAUGCUUGGGGGUUAUUUGAACUGAUGGACAAGAUAAACAUAAAACCUAAUGAGAUUACUUAUAACUCAAUGAUGGACGGUUUGUGUUUGGCUGGUCGCUUGAAAGAUGCGGUAAAUCUAUUUGACUCCAUGGUGGAUAAAGGCCUACAACCGAAUGUUAUCAGCUGCAAUGUGUUAAUGGAUGGGUAUUGCAAAAAUCGUAAGUUGGAUGAAGCUGAGCAGCUAUUCAAGAAAAUGAAACGAAAUGGAUUGAAACCCACAACAGUUACUUACAAUAUUCUAUUAAGGGGACUAUACCGGGAUGGAAGAAUGAAAACUGCACAAAGGUUUCUUAAUGAGAUGCAAUCUUUUGGUUUAUCUCCAACUGAAGUGACAUACACUACCAUGUUAGAUGGUCUCUGCAAGAAUGGAAAAAUGGAGGCGGCAAUCGAACUGUUUGAAUCCAUGGAAGGUGCAGGAAUCUCAGCUAAUAAUUACAGGUAUAGCAUUCUUAUUCAUGGUUUGUGUCAAGCUUCCCAGUUGGAAAAUGCGAGAAAGUUGUUUAAUGAGAUUCAAAACAAAGGAUUUGUUCCAGAUGUUGUAACAUAUAACACAAUGAUCAACGGCCUCUGUCGCCACAAGAUGGUAUUGGAGGCUGAAAAACUAAUCAUCCAAAUGGAAGAGAAGGGUUGUUCACCAAAUGCUCGAACAUAUGAUACUAUCAUUCAGGCUUUACUUAUAGCAAAGGAGACCGACAAGGCAUUGCAUUUUCUUCGCAAGAUGCGUGAAAAUGAAUUUGUACCGAAUGAUUCUGUUAUGUCCUUUUUAAUGUACACUCUCUCAGCAGGUGAGCUAAAAAAUCUAUAGUUUUUUUUUUCCUGUAUGGAACAUCGUAAUU